CCACUGCCAUAGCCAGCUCUUCUUCAAUGUUUAAGGAUUCACCCUGGCAUUGAGUAAUGAGAAUUUUGAAACCACAUUUGAGAAGUACGUCCAUCCAGUGCUAUUUGUGUUUACUUCUGAACAGCCAUUUCUUAACUGAGGCCGGCAUUCCUAUCUUCAUUUUGGGCUGUAUCAGCACAGGGCUUCCUAAAACAGAGGCAAACUGGAAUGAUGUAAUGAGUGAUUUGACCCACAUUAAAAAUCUUAUUCAGUCUAUACAUAUUGAUGCCACGCUGUAUACGGAAAGUGAUGCACAUCCCAGUUGCAAAGUAACAGCGAUGAAGUGCUUUCUCUUGGAGUUACAUGUUAUCUUUCAGGAGACGAACAAUAAGGUUAUUAGAGAAACAAUAAAUAACCUUAUCCUCCUAGCAAACAGCAGCUUGCCUUCUGAUGGGAAUGUAACUGAAUCUGGAUGCAAAGAGUGUGAGGAACUGGAGGAAAAAAACGUUAUAGAAUUUUUGCGGAGUUUUAUGCAUAUUGUGCAAAUGUUCAUCAACACGCCAUCGCAAUGAUCCUCUUAAGCGCUUCUAUCAUUUACAAACAACUUCCCAUUGCUUAGAGGCCAUGAGACACUUCGCAUUUCCAAUGUGCUGCCACAACAAGUUUUUCUAGCAAGAAGAUGAUCGGGA